CUAAGCCGAUCUCAACCCGACCAAAGUCUAACAUCCACGAAACAACCGUCGAAGCCAUGUUCCCGUCACUACGCAAACAGAAGAUCGCAAAGGGUCUCGCGAACCAAAGCAGACGGUUCUCGCUCUCCGCUUCCAACAUCUUAGGUCUGAAUCCUGCGCCGGCCGAUAAAUCACCUGAAGUGACAUUACCGUACGCACCGGUGCAGCUUCAGAGGCCGCGAAAUGGACGCCCGAAAGGACCGCGGGAGAUGAACUCGUCAAAAUUGCGAUUCUCCCAAUCGUUACCAUCCAUGCCGUUAUCGCCAAUAUUCAAGCUGCAGGUAGCCUCACCAUUGGAAGCGAAGGCGAUGAUCUUGCCCAUGAAUAGUCCCGUCGAACAGGAAGGACAGAUCAAGAAGUUCCAGCUCGCCAAUAAUAUCCACGUCGUCGAUGCCAGCACCAUCACCAGAAAUAAAGGAUCUUCCAUUUCCGAGGGAUCUCGGCCGACAUCCGUAUAUAGCACCCCGCAGGCGAAAACUCCCCGUUCGCCGCAGUUGACUAACAUGGAAUGGUCGUUGGAUGUGAUUGACAAGAUGCUGAAUCAGGUGCGAGAUCUCCAAUCGAAAGAUCUGGAAUUGCGACCUGCAUACACUCAACCACCAGGCGUGCCUAGCAAAUCCGAAACCGUACAAUAGUAGAUUCGCGAGUUUACUGUAACUUAUAUCAUAUACAUAUAGAAAGGAUCGACUAUAGUUUAAUCUCAAAUCUGAUGGUAACUGUCGGAA